UCAUCACUCUGCUAACCCAACUCACUGUUCAGACGGGUCUUCUUGAAUGCAGCCUUUAUUACAACCUCACUGCUGCUUCCUACACUGAAGCAAUACCAUGUUUUUAAGUCAGGAGUUCUUCUUUCUCGCUUCAUUAUAAUCAGGGGUCUUACAACGACCCCGAUACUGUUACAAAGCACACUGCUUUAUAACAGUAAAGCUUCUGGAAAACCCAAACAAAAGAUACGUCACCCAGUGACGUCAGCCUAUAUACAGUUCUGUGUGGUCGCAGCACAUAAGCAAAUCCAUUCUUGUGCCGUUUCUCGGAAAAGCUUUUCAGUAAAUGCACUCAUGCUGCUCCAGGAGCUCUUCUCUGCAACAAGCCGCCCAUCUGCCAUCAACAAGUUAAGACCGAGAGAACUAAUGGCUGCAAAAAGGAGAGGCUGAAGCUUUGAUUAACCAGCUGAGCAGUUAGAGGAGGACGAAAUUAAUAACUUAUAUUCAAAACUGAUUUAGGGGAUCAGAGUGGUUACAGAAAAUGAAACCAAUGCUUUCGAGAGGAAUAUCCUAAGGAAAAAACAACUCACCCUGGUGGAUUCAAUUUUACUCGGAAAGCCUGGGACACAGAAAACAGGAAACUGGUCAAAGGCUCCCGCAUGUUAGAGCCUUUUACAGACUCACUGCGUUGAGUCUGACAACCGAGACUGAAUGCAGCCUCCAAUGUGCUCAGAAGAAUGGGCUUACAUUUCAAGUGGCCAUUAGGGGCCCCUAUGCUGGCAGCAAUAUAUGCAAUGAGUAUGGUUUUAAAAAUGCUGCCUGCCCUGGGUAUGGCAUGUCCACCCAAAUGCCGCUGUGAGAAGCUGCUCUUCUACUGCGACUCUCAGGGCUUCCACUCAGUGCCAAACACCACAGACAAGGGCUCUCUGGGCCUGUCCCUGAGGCACAAUCACAUCACAGAGCUCGAAAGGGAUCAAUUUGCCAGCUUCAGUCAACUUACCUGGCUCCACUUAGACCAUAAUCAAAUAUCAACAGUAAAAGAAGAUGCUUUUCAAGGACUAUAUAAACUUAAGGAAUUAAUCUUAAGUUCCAACAAAAUAUUUUAUUUACCAAACACAACUUUUACCCAACUGAUUAACCUGCAAAAUUUGGACCUGUCUUUUAAUCAGCUGUCAUCUCUGCACCCAGAGCUCUUCUAUGGCCUCCGGAAGCUACAGACCUUGCAUUUACGGUCCAACUCCCUGCGGACUAUCCCAGUACGCCUGUUCUGGGACUGUCGUAGUCUGGAGUUUCUGGAUUUGAGCACAAACCGUUUGCGAAGUUUGGCUCGCAAUGGAUUUGCAGGAUUAAUCAAACUGAGAGAGCUUCACCUAGAGCACAACCAGCUGACGAAGAUUAAUUUUGCUCAUUUCCUACGGCUAAGCAGUCUGCACACGCUCUUCUUACAAUGGAACAAAAUUAGCAACUUGACAUGUGGGAUGGAGUGGACCUGGGGCACUUUAGAAAAGCUAGACCUGACUGGAAAUGAAAUAAAGGCCAUCGACCUGACAGUGUUUGAAACGAUGCCUAAUCUUAAAAUACUCCUCAUGGAUAACAACAAGUUAAACAGCCUUGAUUCCAAGAUCUUAAACUCCCUGAGAUCCCUCACAACCGUUGGCCUCUCUGGCAAUCUGUGGGAAUGCAGCCCUCGAAUAUGUGCUUUGGCCUCCUGGCUGGGCAGUUUCCAAGGUCGGUGGGAGCAUUCCAUCCUAUGCCACAGCCCCGACCACACCCAAGGAGAGGAUAUACUAGAUGCAGUCCACGGAUUUCAGCUCUGCUGGAAUUUAUCAACCACUGUCACCGCCAUGGCUACAACUUAUAAAGAUCCAACCACUGAAUAUACAAAAAGAAUAAGCUCAUCAAGUUACCAUGUGGGAGACAAAGAAAUCCCAACUACUGCGGGCAUAGCAGUUACUACUGAGGAACACUUUCCCGAACCAGACAAUGCCAUCUUCACUCAGCGGGUAAUUACAGGAACAAUGGCUUUAUUGUUUUCUUUCUUUUUUAUUAUUUUUAUAGUGUUCAUCUCCAGGAAGUGCUGCCCUCCCACUUUAAGAAGAAUUAGGCAGUGCUCAAUGAUUCAGAACCACAGGCAGCUCCGAUCCCAAACACGACUCCAUAUGUCAAACAUGUCAGACCAAGGACCAUAUAAUGAAUACGAACCCACCCAUGAAGGACCCUUCAUCAUCAUUAAUGGUUAUGGACAGUGCAAGUGUCAGCAGCUGCCAUACAAAGAAUGUGAAGUAUAAUAUCUACCCAUCAUCAAAAAUCACAUCAGAUAAGUAACCUAUUUUACAUAGUAGGGGCUAAAUACAUAUCUAAUUUUUACCAAUGGUGACAUUAAGGCUAAUUUUUCCAAACCAAGUGGAGACUUAGGUUUCUGACGUGUUGAAGUAUUUUUAAUUUUUUUUUAAUGAAACCAUAUUUUAAGUGUUAAAUGAAGCGAUGCUCACAUUAAUGUGCACUCUUGUUGGAAAGUCUAAAAAUGCUUACUUCAAAAUAAGACAUCUCAUGUAUGUAAUUAUACACUAUCGUGGGUAAACAUUCACACUAAGGUCUCCAUAUGCUAUUUUCUUCUACUGAAAACAGUUUGGAAAGAAGCUACUGAGCAGAAAGAGAUAUGGAUCAAUACUUGUUUGCUCAUUGCUCUCUACCCCAAGUACCACAACUGGCUUGCUGCUUAAAAGGAGACUUAGUAAAGUUCUCUUGUAUGAUAAUUUGGUAUUUACUCAAACCUACUAUUUACUGCCAGCGUGGGGAGUAGAAUUUCACAUAUGCUGAAGACUGGUCAAUAUUAAACACUCUUCUUGUAGAGUUUUUGCCUGGGUUAAUAGAUAUUAUCAAAGUCCACAUCAUGAAAUCAGAACCCUUUAUGUAAUUCUAAUAAGCUGAGGGACUCUUUAAUAUAUUUAAACAAUGAAUCCAAGUGAUUGUGAAAAGGUCUCAUUACAAUGAAAUCAAUACUAAAUAA